CCAUUAAGGAAGUACAGAGUCCGAGAGGACUGCAGUCCUUUUGCAGUGUUCUGCUCUGGUGAGUUUAGUUUUAUUCUCGGUUUAUGGAGAAUUCUGAGUCUCAUUUUCAGCUCUGUGAAAGGAAGUGAUUACUAACUGGACCUGCAAAGUCGUAUAUUAACUUUAAACAAACCUGAAAUCAGGGUGUGAUUACUUUUGAUCAAAGUGAAAGUGAAUCUGAACAUUUGGACUGGAGAGAACAACAACAGCAGCAAAAUAAAAUGGCUUCUAAGUUUUCAGAGGAGGAUUUCUCUUGUCCUGUGUGCCAUGAAAUCUUCACGGAUCCUGUUCUCCUGCUCUGCAGUCACAGUGUGUGUAAAGUGUGUUUGCAGAAGUUUUGGGAGACCAAAGGAUCCAGAGAAUGUCCUGUUUGUAGGAGGAAGUCGUCUAUGGAUCCUCCCAUAAAUCUGGUCUUAAAGAACCUGUGUGAGACUUUCUUACAGGAGAGAAGUCAGAGAUCUUCAUCAGCGUCUGAAACAGUCUGCAGUCUGCACAGUGAGAAACUCAAACUCUUCUGUCUGGAUGAUCAACAGCCGGUGUGUGUGGUGUGUCAGACUUCAAAAAUACACACCAACCAUAAAUUCUGCCCCAUUGAUGAGGCAUUAACAGACUGUAAGGAGGAGCUGAAAACUGCUCUGAAGACCCUACAGGAGAAACUGAAGAUCUUUAAAGACUGUAAACUGAACUGGAGUCAGACUGCAGAACAUAUAAAGAUUCAGGCCCAACACACAGAGCGGCAGAUUAAGGAGGAGUUUGAGAAGCUUCACCAGGUUCUACGAGAUGAAGAGGCAGCCAGGAUAGCUGCACUGAGAGAGGAAGAGGAGCAGAAGAGUCAGAUGAUGAAGGAGAAGAUUGAGAAGCUGAGCAGAGACAUAUCAUCUCUUUCAGACACAAUCAGAGGCGUAGAAGAGGAGAUGAGAGCUGAAGACAUCUCGUUCUUACAAAACUACAAGGCCACAGUGAAAAGAGCUCAGUGCACACUGCAGCAUCCAGAGGAGCUUUCAGGACCACUGAUCCAUGUGGCAAAACAUCUGGACAACCUGAAGUUCAGAGUCUGGGAGAAGAUGCAGGAUGCUGUCCAAUACACACCUGUAACUCUGGACCCCAACACUGCUCAUCCUAAACUCAUUGUAUCUGAUGAUCUGACCAGUGUGAGAUGCAGUGAUGAGAAACAGAAGCUUCCUGAUAAUCCAGAGAGAUUUGAUGAUUAUUGCUGUAUCCUGGGCUCUGAGGUCUUUAACUCAGGGACACACUGCUGGGACGUUGAAGUAGGAGACUGUACAGUGUGGGAAGUGGGUGUGAUGACAGAAUCUGCUCAGAGGAAGGGAGAGAUAAACUCCAGAAGUGGAAUCUGGUGUGUGUGGUAUUUUGAUGGUAAAUAUGGAGCAUGUUCUACACUACAGUCAGAAACUCCUCUCUCAGUAACACAGAAGCUCCAGAGGAUCAGAGUGCAGCUGGACUGGAACAGAGGAAAGCUGUCGUUCUCUGACCCUGUCACUAACACACACAUACACACUUUCAAACACAGAUUUACUGAUAAAUUACUGCCAUAUAUAAGGGUUAGUUGUAAUAAAUCUCCUGUAAAGAUCCUCCCACUUCAGUGCUCUGUAAGAGUGAAUCAGAUCAGUUAGCGCUGAUAGUUUUAUUCCAAUUCAUUAAUGAAAUAUUGCUGAUGAAAAGAUUCAUGUUCUUUGUGAAAGUGUUUUUACUGAAGCACUCAACACUUCAUUAUGGAAUUUUUUUAAAUGGUUAUGACAUGAUUUCACCCUCACCUUAUCAAUUACAUCAAAAAUAAUGUGAAAACUGGAAAUUUAUAAUUGGAUUUUCUUAUUCUGAGUAUUAAUAAUUAGACAAUAAAGUAAAUGCAUUCGCAUAAAAAAAACAUAAGAAUUUGACACAGCUACAGCAAUUUGCUAGCUAGCUGACAUUAUCCAGCAUUUCAAUCAAAGUAAUCACUGCACUCUAUUCUUUCCAUCUAGCUCUGAACCCUGCAGUGAGUUACCCGUCUAAAUUGAGAAGUGCACUGUUUAUGCUCCUCUUGCUCAGUAGAUGGAUAAGUGACUGGCUAACCUUACCAAGCUACUUAGAGUUUCCUGAAGUAUUGAUAC